GGUGACCAAAGAGCGGCCGAGCCCUUGCGGCCCGGGGUGGAGCUCCGCGAUCUAAAUGUCCGACUCGAGGAGCGAGGUGGGCGGGCGGCUUGGGACCACGGCCAGGGCCGGCAUGGAGCGGUGGCGUGACCGGCUGGCACUGGUGACCGGAGCUUCGGGGGGCAUCGGCGCGGCUGUGGCCCGGGCCCUCGUCCAGCAGGGACUGAAGGUAGUGGGUUGUGCCCGCACCGUGAGCAACAUCGAGGAGCUGGCUGCCAAAUGUAAGAGUGCAGGCUACCCCGGGACUUUGAUCCCCCACAGAUGUGAUCUGUCCAGCGAGGAGGACAUCCUCUCCAUGUUCUCGGCUGUCCGCUCUCAGCACAGUGGUGUGGACAUCUGCAUCAACAAUGCUGGCUUGGCCCGGCCUGACACCCUGCUCUCAGGCAGCACCAGCGGCUGGAAGGACAUGUUCAAUGUGAACGUGUUGGCCCUCAGCAUCUGCACUCGGGAAGCUUACCAGUCCAUGAAGGAACGGAAGGUGGAUGACGGGCACAUCAUUAAUAUCAACAGCAUGUCUGGUCACCAAGUGUCACCCCACUCCGUGAUCCAUUUCUAUAGUGCUACCAAGUAUGCCGUCACCGCGCUGACAGAGGGACUGAGGCAAGAACUUCGGGAGGCCCAGACCCACAUCCGAGCCACGUGCAUCUCUCCGGAAGUGGUGGAGACACAGUUUGCCUUCAAACUCCAUGACAAGGACCCUGAGAAGGCGGCUGCCACCUAUGAACUCAUAAGGUGUCUCAAGCCCGAGGAUGUGGCCGAGGCUGUCAUCUAUGUCCUCAGCACCCCUCCACAUGUCCAGAUUGGAGACAUCCAGAUGAGGCCCACGGAGCAGGUGAUCUAGUUUCCUGUGGGGAGCUCUGCCUUCCAUCCCACGGCUUGGUUCUUGCCUCUGGAUUUAGGUGUUGAUUUCUGGAUUCCUGGAUUCUGCUUCCUCUCCCCAGCCACCAGGGCUACACAUUUUUGGAAGUUUUUAUGUCUUGUCAAAUUAUUUCCAAACAAAUAUGAACAGUGGGCUGGGGAGAGGAGGUGGUGUCCUGAUUGUUUUACCUGUUAACUCAUUACUGGUCCCCUUCUUAGGCUCCUUGGCCUUUGUUUGCUCUCUUUGUCUCUUCCUUUUGACCUGGGGAAGGGACUGUGGGCUAAAGGGAGGCUUUCCCCUAUCUGCCUGUACCCUACCCCGUGUCCCUCAGGGACGAGGUGGCAGAGAGAAGCCCUCCCCUCCUGUCUGAAUGCUUAUCCAAGACCCCAGACUUCCUCCUCUCCCUGCCCUACUGCCCCCAUUGCCCCUUCUCUUCCCCCACCCCAGCUCUCCAGCCCAGGCUUGGCUUCUCUGCUCUCUGUUGUCAUCACUCCAAACUGACUAUGGCAGCUGAAUACCAGGCCCUGCCUCCCAAGUGGGUUUCACUGUGAUAAUUAAAAAAGAAAAAUUGCAGCAACCUA